GGUACAGCAAUCUCUAAAGUAGGGCCUCAGUCGAAUGAAUGACAAAUAUAGAUGUGAUGUUUGAAAUAACGUCAUCCUCUACAUCGAAAAACAAUAUGCAAUGUGUUAAUGGCUUAACUUUAAAAAGAAUCUAUGUAAUUUGUUUGUAACUAUAAAAUGGCAAAUUCCGGCAUGUGGUCUGUUUUUCUCACCCUGUCUGCGUCUGUCUUUGCGUUGACGGCAACGUCGGACAGUAUAUAUGGGGAAUGUGACAACAGUAAAAAUACAUUUAACUGUAGCGGUGUAGGAUUGACAGAAAUACCAUCUGGAGACCACAUCCCUUCUUACAUGGAAACGUUAGAUUUAUCAAACAAUCAUAUAAGUAAUAUAAACUUCACUGGUUACCCUAUGGUAGGUAAUGCAUUGACAUUAUUAAAUUUGUCAAACAAUCAAAUAUAUAAGAUUAAAAGAGAUGCAUUUGACCAUUUUACAAAUCUAGUGACACUCGAUUUGUCCAAAAAUCUUAUCUUUGGACCAGAUUUGGAAGAAAGAAUGUUCAAUUAUUUGAAGAUGUUGAAAUAUUUAAACAUGGAAAGAAAUCCUAUAAGACAUAUAAAAAAGGAUACGUUCACUUUCUAUGAACUUCCUUCUAUAAAGAUUUUAGACCUAUCUCAUUGUGAAAUAGGCGAGUUGGAAGCGGGCUCCCUUGACUUACCCCCUUUGGAACACUUGGAUUUAAGUUGGAACAAGAUAGGGAGUUUCAAGGAGGAUUCGUUCCGUAUGCUUGUGAGUCUUAAGACGUUAGACAUGAGUCAUAAUAGAAUCAGGGUAUUGGACGAGAUUCCUCACAUGCCUGAACUCGUGUCAUGGAUUCUCGAGAAUAAUGGAAUGGAAAAGGUUCAAAUUAGAGAUGAUAUCAUAAACAACGCAGAUAAUUUACAAAAACUGUACCUAAGGAACAACGAUAUAGAGCGAUUCAAUGCAGAAAGUUUUCCUCUCGACGAGCUGGAUGAGCUGAAAGUGAUUGAUUUGACAAAUAACAAACUGAAAUGUGAUUGUAAGAUGAGAUGGAUCCUCACUGAUGACUAUGAUUUGAAGGAGAAGAGUUAUACCUUCAUAUGUGAAGACCCAUCAAAUUUGAGAAACAAAAAUCUACUAGAAAUGGCACCGGAAGAUUUAAAGUGUGGAUCAUCGUUAUCAAGGACAUUAUUUAUUGUUUUGGUGUCAGUCGUAGGGGCACUAAUACUUAUUACCGUUACUUUCUUUACCGUCCGACGAUGUCGCCGUCGUAUGCGUGAGCGGAGGGCAGCAAGGGGUGAUACUCUUGGUAAUUAUACAGCGGUUUAUACACGUGACCAAGAUGAUGCCGUUAUCUCGAUGUCGGAUAGAAAUAAUCUCAUUGCAAAUGAUAGUGGAACAGAAUUCGACGUUUGAAUAUUCAGUUCAUCUUACUCAUUUGUAAAUGUUAUUCCAUAUUUAAACGUUUAAUUGAUAACUCUUAAAAGAGUUGAGAUAAAGCAACCUGAUCUCUAUGUUGACUAUGCUUAUAUCUUUUUGCAAAAAUUGUUGUCAAAUAUUAAAGAUGUUUCAAAGUUAUUUCUAUAGAAUAAUUCUUGCUUUCUUGAUUACAGGUAUACAUGAUUCUGGAGACCGCGCUCCACUGAACAUAUAUACAGUAGCGGUGGAAACUUAACAGGGGAAAUAAUUGCAUUACAUUUAAGUCUUUAGAAAAAUGUGUUACAUCCCUUGCAUUUUAGAUUCAGUUUUCGUGUCUUUUAAGUACGCUUUAAUGUGCUAAUGUGUUUGGGGUUUCAUUCGUUGAAUCCCGCUCUUCUUUGUUGAUCUUGUUUUUCAAUUUUUACAGAUUAAGCAGAUAUUCGUGUGUUUAAUAAAUUGGACAAACUAA